AUGAUUCUUUUUCUUCUCAUAGAUCUCCACAAGGACGACUGGGAAAUGACAACACGCGACCUGUUUGCUGAUGUGGUGGUCUUCCUGAAUGCAUACCAGAAGUCUUCCAGAGAAAACAGAAUUGUGAUUGUGAGCUCAAGAUGUGUGGUCUUCGACACACUCGAGAACGACAUUUCUGCAAUAUACUCCAUAACAGCUCUCGAGACCAGAUACAGCGUUGGUGACCUUGGAUAUGCCCUGUGCCUGCAUAGAAGCGAAGAAUCGCAAAUAGUCAUCUUUACACUCAGAGAAGAGCACAAGGACGAGUAUCUCAGAUACAUCAAGUGCAUGUUUGCUGCACAGAGAUUUAGGAUCAAGAUAAAUGCAUUCUCGCUCGUAGAGAAUAAAACAAUCCUACAAUGCUGUGCAUCCACUGGCGGUGAAUAUUUCUCUGACGAGACCCAGUGCCUGAGAUUCUUGCUAUCACUGCUGGGAACACGAAAGCCUCUCCAACCUCUUGGAUUCUCGGCCACUUGCUAUUGCCACGGAAAGCAGAUCCUCCUCGGCCUUGUGUGCCCAAUCUGCCUCUCUGUGUUCUGCAAAUUCAUUCCUGUAUGCAAAAAGUGUAAAAGCAAGUUCAGCUUCAUCAAGCUCGAAGAGUAG